AUGCCCCUUAGAGAGUCAGUUGUGCCGACACUCAAACUCAACUCGGGCUAUGAGGUACCGGUGCUGGGUUUGGGCACUUACAACGACACCAGCGAAGUGAUGGUACAGACAGUACAGGACGCCAUCGCCGCCGGCUAUCGACACAUAGACACCGCUGAGCUGUACGGCAAUGAGGCAGACAUUGGCAAAGGGCUGGCCAUCGCCAUAAAGGCCGGACAUGUCAAGCGUGAAGAGGUGUUCAUCACCUCAAAGAUAAAGCCCACGGGAAGGGACCGCAAGACGGCCUUAGAGGCCGUCCAGACAGCGCUCAAGAAGUUGGACACCCCUUACGUGGACCUAAUGCUCGUCCACUGGCCGGAGGGCAAUGUGUCCGACAUAUACGCCGGUCUGGAGGACGCCUUGAGCCAGAAGUUGGUCCACUCGAUAGGUGUGUCCAACUUUGAGGUGAAAAACCUGAACGACUUGCUGAAGACGGCGAAAGUGAAGCCCGCGAUGAAUCAGAUAGAGAUCCAUCCAAACAUGAAUCAGGAUGAGACGGUCGACCUCUGCAAGAAGGAGGGCAUUGUGGUCACCGGCUUCUCACCGCUGGGCACCGGCACUCUGUUAAAGGAGUCCCAUUUGGUGGCGAUAGCCACGGCUCAUAAGAAGUCGUCGGCACAGGUGUGCCUCAGAUGGCAAAUACAGAGGGGGUUAGUGACGAUCCCGAAGACCACACAUAAGGAUAGGUUGACUGAAAAU